ACAGCCAAUACACCAUCUUCCCGUGCCCCUGCACAUCGCCUGCAACGAUGCCACUCAUUCAAGCCUCCUACGAUGACCUCCCUUACGUAGAUACGCAGCUCGACGCAAACAGCAUUGCUGCUGCCAAAGCUGCCAUUGACGCCGACAUUCGCAGCGCUGGCGUAGACACCUCUGAAAUGCAUCCCGCCCUUAUACCAGCCGCCGCUGUGUACACACCAACUUUUUCCGACUUCAUCUCGCGCGAGCAUGCGCGUCUCGACGACGACCCCACCUCCAAGCUCUCAGGCAUAGACCUGAAGCGCUAUGAAGAUCUCGACGCGCCUGAGAACACGAACCCGACGACUGACGAGGACCGUCCUGAGCUACUCGAGCGAUGGAGCAAGGCUCUGAAGCAGGCAUACACUAGCUCCGAGUACGUCCAGGGCAGACUGACCCAGCUCAGCUUGCUGGAGAAGUUUGGCAAGAACGCAUGGCUGGUGGGAAACUCGCAGCUUGAGGAUAUCUUGAAGAGCAUCGAGGCUGAGCUGGCCAGUCUGAAGAAGCAACAAGAGGAGACGGACAUGGCCAGGAGGGCACAGCAGGACAGCGUGAGCGGUGAGAUCAAGACGUUGGAAGAGACGUGGAAGAAGGGCCUGGGGAGACUGCUUGAGACCGAGGUUGCGGCAGAGGGACUCAAGCAGCAGAUUAUGGACAAGAGGAAGGCUGGUGCUGUUUGA